ACACCGGCGCGGCCUGCGCGGCGCGGCCCACAGGCGCGGGUGGCAUGGCGGCCCCGUCGGCCGGCCACUAGCUGCCGGCGGAGCGGCCAGGCGGCUCCAUGGAGGAGACAUAGGGCCGCCCGGGACGGGAGCGGAACCGGCAGAGAUGCCGUCACCUGGGCAGACCCCGACUGCUGGAAGCCCCUGGAGGACUUAGGUGACCCCCAGGGCGUGGAGGCAGGGAAGAGCCUUGAACUGUGAGGGGCCGUUAACUCUAAGAUGUCCUUGAGCAGCGGAGCUUCCGGAGGGAAAGGAAUUGAUGCGAACCCGGUUGAGACGUACGACAGUGGGGAUGAGUGGGACAUUGGUGUAGGCAAUCUCAUCAUCGACCUGGACGCUGAUUUGGAGAAGGAUCAGCAGAAAUUGGAAAUGUCGGGCUCCAAAGAGGUGGGGCUGCCGGCACCAAACGCGGUAGCAACCCUACCGGAUAACAUCAAGUUUGUGAGCCCAGUGCCAGGCCCGCAGGGCAAGGAGGGCAAAUCCAAGUCAAAAAGGAGCAAGAAUGGCAAGGACAGUGGCAAGCCAACCCCGGGGACCUCCUUGUUCACUCCCAGUGAGGGAGCUGGCAGCAAGAAGGAGGCUCAAGGACGCUCUGGGGACGGUGCGAACUCAGGUGGCUUGGUGCCUGCCAUCACCCCGAAGGGCUCAGAGAAAUCAGCCAAGGCGUCUCGCAGUGUGGCUGGCUCCAAGAAGGAGAAGGAGGGUGGCUCAUCGAAAAGCAAGAAGGAAAGGAGUGAGGGUGUUGGGGCUGCAGCGGAAAAGGAGCCGAGCGUGCUGCAGCCCCUGGCCCUAGCAGUGAGGGUGGGACAGUAUGAUGUGGGUCAAGGGACAGAGCCUGCUGCUGCUGAGCAGCUUGGGAGUAUAGCUAUUGACACGGGAGCUGCACUCAAUCCCUUGGGAGUUAAAUCGGAGCUGGAGGAUGGGGAAAGUGAGUGCCGGCAGCUGAAAAAGGUGAAGUCGGAGAAGAUGGAGUCUCCAGUCUCGACACCUGCAGUGUUGCCCUUGCAUCUCCUUGUCCCUGUCGUCAACAAUGACAUCUCGUCGCCUUGUGAGCAGAUCAUGGUACGCACCCGCUCGGUGGGAGUGAACACCUGCGACGUGGCCCUGGCCACUGAGCCCGAGUGCCUGGGCCCCUGCGAGCCUGGGACCAGCGUCAACCUAGAGGGCAUCGUCUGGCAAGAGACGGAGGACGGUAUGCUGGUGGUCAACGUCACCUGGAGAAACAAGACAUAUGUGGGGACACUGCUCGACUGCACGCAGCACGACUGGGCCCCUCCACGGUUCUGCGACUCUCCCACCAGUGACCUGGAGAUGCGCAACGGCCGGGGCAGGGGCAAGCGCAUGCGCCCCAACAGCAACACGCCCGUCAAUGAGACUGCCGCCGCCUCGGACAGCAAAGGGACCAGCAACAGCAGCAAGACCCGGGCGGGAGCCAACAGCAAAGGGCGCCGGGGCAGCCAGAACUCGUCAGAGCACCGCCCGCCGCCCGGCAGCACGGCGGAGGACGUGAAGGCCAGUCCCUCCUCCAUCACCAAGCGCAAGAGCAAACCCCUCUCUGACAUGGAGCUGAACUCCAGCUCGGAGGACUCCAAGGGCAGCAAACGUAUCCGCACAAACUCAAUGGGCUCGGCAGCCGUGCCGCCCGCUGCAGCCAAGGUGGAGACUACUGUCCUUGACCGAAACUGCCCUUCUCCCAUCCUCAUCGACUGUCCCCACCCAAACUGUAACAAGAAGUACAAGCACAUCAAUGGGCUAAAGUACCACCAGGCCCACGCGCACACGGACGAUGACAGCAAGCUGGAGGCAGAUGCGGACAGUGAGUAUGGUGAGGAGCCCUCCCUGCACGCGGAUGUUGGCAGCUGCAACGGGGCCACUGCCUCUCAGAAGGGCUCGCUUUCUCCUGCCCGCUCAGCUACCCCCAAAGUGCGUUUGAUGGAGCCCCACAGUCCCUCCCCGUCCAGCAAGUUCAGCGCCAAGGUCCCCUGCAAGAAGAAGUUGAGUGGGGAAGGAGACACCGACCCGGGCGCCCUGUCUAAUGAUGGCUCUGAGGAUGGUCCCUCAGUGGCCGAUGAGACAAGUAACGAUGGCUUUGAGUCUCUGGAGAAGCGAUGUGUUGAUAAGGACAAGUCAAAGAAGGCAUCUGGUGCUAAGGCAGAGAAGAUCCCUUCCAAAAGCUUGAAGUCAGCUAGACCCAUUGCACCAGCCCUCCCUCCCCAGCCGCUUUACACCUUCCAGACAGCUGCUCUCGCCACAGCCAGUCCUGGCUCCUCUGCAGGCCUUGCCACUACUGUGGUCCAGACCAUGCCCAACAGCCCUCAGCUCAAACCCAUCCAGCCCAAGCCUACAGUGAUGGGAGAACCCUUUGCGGUCAACCCUGCCCUCACCCCUUCCAAGGAGAAGAAGAAGAAAGACAAGAAGAAGAAGGAGCUCAAGGAGGCAGAAAGCUCUUUGACUCCUGGCAAAGCCUGUAGAGCGGAGGAAGGCAAGAGCCCUUUCCGGGGGGAAUCCAGCGACCUGGGGCUGAAAGGCGAAGGGCUGCUGAAUGGUUCAUCUGACCCCCACCAGAGCCGGCUCGCCAGCAUCAAGGCUGAGGCAGAUAAGAUCUACAGCUUCACCGACAACGCCCCGAGUCCCUCCAUCGGUGGUGCCAGCAGGCUGGAGAGCACCAACCCAGCCCAACCCAUGACCCCACUACAUGUCGUCACCCAGAAUGGUGCAGAGGCCAGUUCUGUGAAGACCAACAGCCCGGCCUACUCUGACAUCUCUGACGCUGGGGAGGACGGGGAGGGUAAGUUGGAGAGUGUCAAAGUGAAGGAUCCAGAGCAGCUUGUCAAGGAAGGCGCCAAAAAAGCUCUUUUCCCCCAGCAACCGCAGAGCAAAGAGUCUCCCUAUUACCAAGGCUUUGAAACCUACUAUUCUCCUGGCUACCCCCAGGCGAGCCCAGGGCCCCUGAACCCUGCUGGCCAGGCCACCACUGAGACACAGGCUUUGAAGCUGAAAAAGGAUGAGGAGCAGGAGAAUCCAGAGGUGAAGGUGAAGAGCGAAGGCUGUGAAGAGAAGAAGGCAGAGCUUGGCAGCUCCAGCCAGCAGCCCUCAGUCAUCCAGCAGCGUCCCAACAUGUACAUGCAGUCCCUCUACUACAACCAGUAUGCCUACGUGCCUCCCUACGGCUACAAUGAGCAGGGCUACCAUGCUCACUUGCUGAGCACCAACCCUGCCUAUCGCCAACAGUAUGAAGAGCAGCAGAAGCAGCGGCAGAGCCUGGAGCAGCAGCAGCAACGAGGGCUGGAGAAGAAGGCAGAGCUGGGCUUGAAGGAGAGGGAGGCAGCACUCAAAGAAGAGUGGAAGCAAAAGCCACCCAUGCCACCGACACUAACCAAAGCCCCGAGCCUCACAGACCUCGUCAAGUCAGGGCUGAGCAAGGCCAAGGAGCAGGGAGGUCCUGACAUAGCCAAAUCUGUCAUCAUCCCCAAGCUGGAGGACUCAUCCAAGCUCUCUGGCAGCCAGGUCUCCGAGGGGCUCAAGGUGAAGCUGAGUGAGGCCAGCCACCUUGGGAAGGAGACUGCUGAGAGCAAGACUGGCUCUGAGUGUGGCCGGCAAGCGGAGGUGGACCCUGUGCUCUGGUACAGACAGGAAGCCGAGCCCCGGAUGUGGACCUAUGUGUACCCGGCAAAGUACUCGGACAUCAAGACAGAGGAUGAGCGGUGGAAAGAGGAGAGGGACCGAAAGCUGAAGGAAGAAAGAAAUCGAAGCAAAGAAGCCUCAUCCAAGGAGGAUGGGAAGGAGAGCAGCAGCUCGGAGUGCAAACUGACACCCACUGAGGAGGCUCGCAUGGUGGGCAAGGACCCCAGACCCAGCGUCCACGUCCCCGUGUCUUCCCCCCUCACGCAGCAUCAGUCCUACAUUCCCUACAUGCACGGCUACUCCUACAGCCAGUCCUAUGACCCCAACCACCCCAGCUACCGGGCCAUGCCCACCGUCAUGAUGCAGAACUACCCAGGAUCGUACCUCCCCUCCAGCUAUUCCUUCUCCCCAUAUGGGAGCAAGGCCUCUGGGAGUGACGACGGCGACAAGUCCCGAGCCAGCCCCAGUGUGAGCUGUAAAUCCAGCUCGGAGUCCAAGGCCCUGGACAUCCUGCAGCAGCAUGCCAGCCACUACAAGAGCAAAUCGCCAACGAUAAGUGAGAAGACAUCUCAGGAGCGGGACCGCGGUGGCUGCGGGGUGGUAGGGGGAGGUGGGGGCUGCAGCAGCGUCGGAGGAGCCGGCGGGGCAGAGAGGAGUGCUGACCGGCCCCGCACCUCGCCCUCGCAGCGCCUGCUCUCCACGCACCACCACCACCACCACCUCGGUUACUCGCUGCUGCCGGCGCAGUACAACCUGCCCUAUGCAACAGGUCUCUCCUCCACAGCCAUUGUUGCCAGCCAGCAAGGCUCCGCACCCUCCCUGUACCCGCCUCCCCGGAGGUGAGAACGGACGUGAUGCACCGGGACACCUGGGCUGUACGAGACAUGUGACUGGCUCACAUGGGGAAGCGCUAGAGACUCCUUUAGACAUCAGUUGAAUGGUGUUAAUUGUUCUGCUCGACGUUCCUGUCAUGAUCCGAGGCAGACUCUGUCCUGCCCCCAACCCCAUCGGACACACUAACUGCCCCCUCCACAUCCUUCCCUUUGGGUGAGCUGGUACCUGCGGAAAUAUUUAUUCUACCAGGCACUGGUGCUGGGGAUGGAGGCGACCCGCCUGCCUGAUGCAUAUGAAGAGGAAACAGAAGCACUGAGGUUUCUCGCUGGAUUUGGGACUCUGCCACCCCCCUUCAUGAUGGGGCUGUGCGCCCUGGGACUGGGGGCUGGGGGUUGCUACCUCCUGCCUGUUCCUCACUGAGGCUCACAGCGUGGGGCUGAGCCUGCCCCAGAGCCAGAGGCUCAGGAAGGGAAGGACUGGCUCAUGCAGGGCUAAGGUGGGUGUUGGGGGCAGGGGUGCAAGCCUGGGGGUGGGUGUCAGUCUGACUGGAGGCGACUGUGAGGCAUGGGGGUAUGCUGUGUGUGAGGGGUACCCCCUCCCAGUCCCACGGCCCGUUCUGCGUCCCAAAGCACCCGCUGCUCUGUGCCUGUGUGGGCAGGAGUCACUGGCACGUUACUGAUGGCUGGAGGGGUGGGCUCGGGGAGCUGGGUACUGCUCUUGGCCCUGACAAAGCUCCAGGUGUCUGGGCACGGUGCUGGGAGCUGUACCUGACGCCAGCCUGCUGCCAGGGUUCCUCCCAGUGCUUUGCUGGGUCCUGACCUGCCUGAAGCUCAUGCCUGAGGCUUUUCAAUUGGUUUCUGAGCUGUGACUCUUCAAACUCCCAGCCUUUCCUCGGCCUCCCGCCACAUGUUCCCCAAACCCCAGGGCAGCACAUCCUACUUGGUGUGGAGGGGCAUGAGGGUUGCAGCUUCCCUUUGCAUCCACCUUCUGCUUUUAAGGUCGCCAUGGGCAGAGCCCAGCGAGGAACAAGCACACUUAGACUCUGCCAGGGGCACUUCAAGCCAUGCUGGUCCCCUCCACUCCAGCCUCACACCAGGGUUCAGUCUGAGGCCCUGGAGGAAGUUGGUCCCUGCUCCCGGCUGCUCCCCUGCGCCAGAGGGCAGGGGCUUUCUGGUCCUCUGCCCCCAGCCCCAGAGCGGCUCUGCCCUGGGCCAAUGCUCUACCUCGGCCCCGCAGCAGCCAGACUGCCCCAGCUCUCACCCACUGCCUGGCUGGGGCAGCAUGGGGAGGCCAUUGGUGUCGGUUGUGUCUCCGUGUCCGUGUCGCACCCGGCCCCGAGGGGCGGCUGUACCGGGAUGCUUUGCCCGCUGGGCUCUGUACAUACUGUAAAAAGCAAUUGUUUGAAAACUGUUGUUUUGGGUUUUGUUUUCUUUCCCUGUUUCCCCACCCCAGCCCAUCCCACUUUACCCAGUUGGAAAGGAGGCACUCACUGGUCUCGGCCCAGCUUGUGUUGUUCGACUCGUUUUUCUUCUGCUCAUCAUUGUCUUUGCAGGGGAUGUGCUGCGUGUCCCGCACGCUCCCCGCACACAGGGCAGGCGACACCGAGCAGUGGAGCCACGCGCAGCCCCGGGGCUGAGGACUGGAGGGGUUGGGGUGACGGGGGAGCCCCAAAUCCCACCCGGGGAGGAGCGUCCCGUCUGCUGCUCCAGCCUGGGCCGCUCGGGCAGAGCCUGGCUCCUGGCACAGCCCGGCCCACCCAUGCCUUUGGGGGCGCAGAGGAGGCUGUCUGGGGUGUAGGUUAUGUCAUAGGCUCUGUUGGCCAUUGAAGGGGGCUGCUUCCCACCUUCCCAGUUGGGUCCCGGUUAAGUCUCCCUUUAGGUGUUAAAUGAAACAACGGUUUAUGCAGAAUAGGUUUGAGGUGUGAGGUUUCUGAGGGGUUUCCUGGUCAGUCCAUGUGCAGUGUGGGUGGCCCGGCCCCGCAGCACUGCCUGGGUUCCCCAGCCCGUGGGCGGCCACCAGCCCUCAGCCCCUUGGUGAUUUUAGGUCUUGUUUCCAUUGACGUUGCUGUGUUGGGUUUCAUUUCAGUCUUCCUGGUUCUACCCUCUGUAAAGUGUACAUUAUUACCAAGUUCCUUGUUUUUUUAUAUAUAUAUAUAUAUAUAUAUAAAAAUAUAUAUAUAUACAAACUGUACUCUUCUUGCCUCUGUACAUUUGGGCAAGGAGAGAGAAUAAAUCUUUUUAAGAGACAAUCACAAA